AUGUCCGAACAACGUCUGAACGUGAGUUACAAGUGCUUCCGAUGGAGGCGUGUCCGAAAAGGUUAUAUAAGAGAGCACUACUUGUUCAAGGUGAAGGGGCUCGAUGAGCUUUUCGGGGCGUUUGCCUUCGGAGAUGAGCGCAAGGUGAGGGUCUAUAGGCUCUUGGAGGAUUCGAUGAGAUGGGAUUUGGUGAAGGAUUUCGGGAACAAAGUGUUGUACCUAAGCUCCUUCUCGUCAUUUGGGUACACGGCUUGUACGGAAGCCACGGCUAACACGAUCCGGUUGCCCAAAUUUUAUGGUGGGAAUGCUAUUUUCUACUCUUUGAGGGACAGGAAGUUUCAUUCGGAUGACGGAAGAUAUUCGUGCGAAGAUGCGCUUUGCCUUACGAGAUUGGAUUUUGCCACGUGGGUGAUGCCGAUCAUCCCGACAAAUGACCUAAUUACAACGAAGUGGAUUUGA